AGGUGGAGGGAGGCAGAUGUUCAAUGUUGGACAACAAUAUCGGUCUUAUAGUCAGUCUGAGCACUUGUUUCCUGCUACCUUUUCCUCGAGCUCGCUAAAAUUUUACACGUCACCAAGUUGUCAAGAAAUCGAGAAGUAUAUUGUUGAAAACAAAUCACAGAGUUUGAGCUCUCGUAACGAAGUAUAAAGUGGAUUAGUGGCAAUCGAGGACAUUUCCUGAGACAUCAUCAAAGGAACUAACUCGUGAAGCGCCAGGAUGCGAGUCAGCGGCCGGGCGAAGGUGGCGUCGGUCGCCGUCCUGUUCUGCCUCUACUGGUCUGGCUUCUUGGCCUUCGCGGUCCGGUUCCUCGGUGCGGGUCUCGUCUCUCGCUUCAGCGCUGGCGAGUCCUUUGUGGAGGGGGAGGGCACCGCGAAGGACGACCUGCUGGGGGCGGCGGAGAAGGCGAUAAGGAGGGACACAGA